AUUUCUUUUUUUAAUCAUUUGUUAUGAUGCGUUUCUUGGGUUUUUUUCCAUGUUCUUAUUGGUACAAAAUGUUCUUGACAGUGUGUUGAUCCAAAUUGAAACUUUUUUUAUUCCAAGAGAGAGAGAGGGAGAGAGAGAGAGAGAGAGAGAGAGAGAGAUGGAUAACUCUAUUGGAGUUGGGUUCAUGGCUGUUGUUGCGGUAUCUGGAAGCGUGGUUCUUCUUGCCCAUCAAGUCCACAAGCGCCUUCUCUCAGAUUUCAUGAAGAACAUUGAAUGUGAAAUGGGUGGUUUGCUUGAUCACCACAAAAAAAUGGCUUCUGGAUCUGAGAAAAUCCAAGGCAAGAAGUGUGUUAGAUUUGCAGCGGAUGUUGCGGAGCCAUCAUCAAACAACAAAGAGUACCGCAAGAGGCGCUUUGCACCAACAACAAAGCAGGCCAAAGAGGGAAAUGGAAAUUAUAAAAUGGACACCAUGCCACUCAAUAGGUUUUACAAACGAUGAAGGGGGAGCUCAGAGAAAAUACAUAUUUGGAAUGGGAAAAUACAUCAAAGGAUCACGUGGAUUCACCUUACCUAUAUGGGGGGAUAAACGUCUAGAGAAUAUGAAUCUUUGUUCUCUCUCUUGAAAUUUACUUAUUUAGGUAGAUCAUUGUUCAAUGAAUCGAUGCAGUAUAGAGGGGAUGAAUAUGCUAUGACUAUUUGUAAUUUUUUAUUUUUUGAUCAAAGCGAUAUUCUAAACUAUUUUAAUGUAUGGUAAAGCGAAUCGAAUCCGUGUAAGGAGGGAGGCACACUGCCUUAGCCAAUUGUCUAAACCUAUGUUCGCAAUUAUGACUAGUCUUCUUCUGCAGGUAUUGUAAAUUUUAAUUAAAGUGUAUUAUUGAAAAAAAAAAUUGAAUAAACCUUGACUUCUAAUACU